CAACCUGCUCCAGAACUGAGACCACCCAGCUUACCUCCUCCAUGUAUCAUGGUGAUGACAAGGGAGAAAUUCCCAAUUGUGGUGACAGCUAAUGACAUCUCUCUACUUACAGGCCAGGACUCAGCCAGUCCCAUCAGGAAUACACACACAGGCCAGGUGAGAGGCAGCUUUGUCCACAUGAGGGACACUAAAGCUGGUGUCCAUACCUUCCUGGGAAUUCCCUUUGCCAAGCCUCCUGUAGGACCACUGCGCUUUGCACCUCCUGAGGACCCUGAGCCAUGGAGUGGUAUAAGGGAUGCAACCUCAGAGCCGGCCAUGUGUCUGCAGACUGAUAUGAUGAAUUCAGAGGAAAUGAAAGAGAUGAAGCUGACCUUGAGUCCCAUCCCUAUGUCUGAGGACUGCCUGUAUCUCAACGUCUACACACCAGCCCAUGCCCAUGAGGGCUCUAACCUGCCUGUGAUGGUGUGGAUCCACGGUGGUGGACUGACUGUAGGAUGGGCUUCUGUGAAUGAUGGAUCCACACUGGCAGCUACUGAGGAAAUAGUAGUUGUCUCCAUCCAGUAUCGCUUGGGUAUCCUUGGCUUCUUCAGCACUGGAGACCAGCAUGCCAGAGGCAACUGGGGAUACCUGGAUCAAGUGGCAGCCCUACGCUGGGUGCAGAAAAAUAUCGCUUACUUUGGAGGCAACCGUGACAGGGUCACUAUAUUUGGCGUCUCAGCAGGAGGCACAAGUGUGUCAUCCCAUGUUGUGUCUCCAAUGUCCCAAGGACUCUUUCAUGGAGCCAUUAUGCAGAGUGGAGUGGUCCUGCUGCCUGACCUCAUUUCUGACACUUCUGAGGGGAUCUACAAGGUAAGUGCCCUCAAGAACACCAGCCCCUAG